GAAGCCCGCGGGGCAGGAAGAGCCGGCUCGUGAAGGGAGGGGCCGCAGAGGCGAGGGGGGGAGGCCUCCGCGCACGCGCAGAGUGGGACUCGGACACCCCCCUCCCACCUCCUGAAGCGCCCCCCUCCCCCAGCGCAAAGGGGUCCUGACAGGACAAGAGAGGCAGCUUGAGACUCCGCCCGGGAGGGGCCGCCGGCCGGGGGGGCACCAUGUCCUCCCCCAGCCCAGGCAAGAGGCGUAUGGACACCGACGUGGUCAAGCUUAUUGAGAGUAAACAUGAAGUCACGAUCCUAGGAGGACUCAAUGAAUUUGUAGUGAAGUUCUAUGGACCACAAGGAACACCGUAUGAAGGUGGCGUGUGGAAAGUUAGAGUGGACCUUCCUGACAAAUAUCCCUUCAAAUCCCCGUCUAUAGGAUUCAUGAAUAAAAUUUUCCAUCCCAACAUUGACGAAGCGUCAGGAACUGUAUGUCUAGAUGUAAUAAAUCAGACUUGGACAGCUCUCUAUGAUCUUACCAAUAUAUUUGAGUCGUUCCUGCCCCAGUUGCUGGCCUAUCCCAACCCCAUAGAUCCCCUUAAUGGCGACGCGGCGGCCAUGUACCUUCACCGACCAGAAGAAUACAAACAGAAAAUUAAAGAAUACAUUCAGAAAUAUGCAACAGAGGAAGCACUAAAAGAGCAAGAAGAAGGCACCGGUGAUAGCUCUUCAGAGAGCUCAAUGUCUGACUUUUCAGAGGACGAGGCCCAGGAUAUGGAAUUGUAGUAAAUGAAGCGCCCUGCUUUUCAGAGAGACUGACUUCCUAACCAUGCGCUGAGAAGCAGACUAUAAUAUUCAUAUUUAAACAAAGCAAUUUUUUAUUACUAAACAAGGUUUUUAUGAAUAAUAGCAUUGAGAUAUAUAUAUAUAUAUAUACAUAUAUAUAUUUAUAUAUAUAUAUAUAUAUACACACACACACACACACACACACACACACACGUAUAUAUAUAUAUAUAUAUAUAUAUAUAUAUAUAUAUAUAUAUAUAUAUAUCUCACCCUUUAGAUCUUGAUUUCUUGGUCAUUUCUCAGAACCCAAAGUGCACCGUAGCGCGUUUCCCACAUUCCACUUGGUAGCAAUAUGAAGCCCAGAUGCGUGCGCCCAUCCAUCCAUCCAGUCAUAAUUCCAUUUGAGCUGAGUCAACUUGUGGGCUACUGAACUGUCAACCUAAACAGCUGCUUUGCUAGAGAGAGGGUCUGGAUGUUCCCUUUUCUUCCUCUCCCCCGCCCCCCCCCUUUUUUUUUAAUUAAUGUUUCCAAAGACGGCAGACACCCAUGGAUGCAAAAACGGAACGGCACUUUCAGAAUGUAAAAGGAAAUCGUUGGGGGAUAAAUACUAGACAGACGAGGCAGUGAAGUCAACAGUGCUCUUUCAUUUCAACUUGGCUGCUUACACCUUGAAUGGAGUUAUAUAUAUAGAUAUAUUUUCCCCAAAAAACCCCACCCACUGAAUGCGUUGGAAGUGUCAGAUUUUUACAAAGCGGCUUUGAUUUUAAGGACACUUUGUACGGACUUCCUGUCUGCCUCAAGAAACGUGGCGGAGAUUAGUCUGGUUUGCUCGGAGAAGCUUUUGAAAGCUGACGUCUGGGCAGUGAAGUCAUCUUCCUGGUCUGGAUUCUCGUUGGGUCUACUUCUGUUUUUAAGGGACAGAAAGCAAGCGCUGUCCAGUGUUGGCUUAACUUGUGUCGCGUUCAUUGAGUCCAAACCCAUUUUGGUCCUACUGCCAGAAUUACACCGGGCAGUGUAAUAUAUAUAUUCAUUAUAAUGCAUAUAUGCACGCACACACACACACACACACUCAGUCAAUGUGUCUACAAACACUGUGCAAGUGAUCUCCUGUAAGAGUGGGUCUUGGAACCAGGUGGAUUUGUCCAAGUGCUCCAGGCCUAUGGAUGGUUCCAUUGGCUCUUUUUGCCACGGAUCCGAACUCCAUUGGCGCGCAUGCCUGCUUGUUCUCCGGCUGUUCAGUCAGGCCCUUUCUUUUGUGAGCAAGCCAGACAAUCUAGGAGUGGGGUGGGGGCUGUUUUCAAAAAAGGGGGAAUUGAUAAAGAGUGCUGUUUUCAGAGAUCCUUGUAAUUGAAUUUUUUUUUCAUUUCUUGUGCAUUUUGAACACGUGAAGGUCUCCCCCCCUUCCAUUUAAUGGUAAGAGAACCUCAUACUAUAAAUGCCUACCUGGGAUGUCGAUGAUACUUGAAUAUGGAUAAAAGCAUGAGCGCCUAGCAAGAUGGAUCUCCAACCUCGAUGUUGCCUCGACUGCAUUUGUGAAGGUUUUUUGGACAGGACGUGUGUAGGGGAGGGGGGAGUCAGUGCCACCCUCUAGAGGCAUUCUACGGAAUUUAAAUUUGGGUGACUCGAGCAGAACAUGGAAUGUCAAGCUAAGUUCAGUAAAUUGUAUUCCCCCCCCUCCAGUUUCUUCUUCAACGCCAUCAGAGUUUGGAGUCGGUGCGCGUGCGUGCGUGUGUGUCUUUGGCAGAGGGAGGGGGUGUCAAAAAGAGUACAAUCCUAAAGCGUGAUCAAUUUGCUUUUUUUUCCCUUUUGAAAGAUCUUAUGUAAAGUAGAAUUUGACUUUGGCAUGAUUAUUUUCCUUUAAUAAAGCAAAAACAUACAAAGUAUUUGAAUUACGGGCAUGAAGCAAAAAAACAAAACAAGAAAACACGAACGGAUUUUUCUUUUCUUUUUUACAUUUAAAAAACAGCAGUAAUGUAGGGCUGCGGUUAGUAGUUGAGCUGAAAUUCUCUGCGCUAGUGAUUAUGGCUUCUUGAAGGGUUUAGUAUUAACUAUGGAACAUGUAACUGUGUGCCGUAACUCUUAACCCUAGCCAUUUUCUUGACUUUGGAGGAGGAUGAGGAGAGAACCCUCCUCCUUAGAUGCUCUGCUCGCCGUCUGCUUGUGCGAUGACCUCUUAGAUACUAUUUAGGUAUAGAUUUGAGUGCUGAGGUGGCUGUGGUGAUGGUGGUACCAAUUUAAACAAAAUAAAUUGUAUUUUUUCAGUAUUGUAUAUACAAAUAUUAGUGUUCUAAUUCCCUUUCCUUUAUGCAGGUAACCUUUUUUAAAAUUUCAAUCCUGAUGUAUGAUCAGAUUUUAACAUCUUUGGACACACAGCUCCUCCCUCAUUUGCAGGCACCUGUUCUUCCCCCCCCCCUUCCCCAAAAUAGCCAACAAUCCUGGCUUUAAUUAAGCACGCAAAAGAAAUUCCAGAUAAGAGGCACGAUCCAUGUUAAACGGAAUCUCCCAAAGUGCCGCACUCGCACCUGAUCUGAUCCCUUACAUUAGCCUUCCCCAACCUGGAGCCUUCCAGAUGUGUUGGGCUACAGCUCCUGGGAGUUGCAUUCCAGUACAUCCGGAGGGCAUCUGGUUGGGGAAUGCUGCCUUAUAUGUCCACAGCUCAGGGCGUUGAGGGAAUGACAGCCCACAAGAUCGCUGUGCAGCAACGUUUCUUCCUUUCUUUCUUGUUUACAACGGGAUUUUUUAACACAGAGCCUUGUCAAAUGGUUGCAAAGGUCAUUGCCUUUGUGCCGUCAUUUCAAGUGAUCCAGGCAGGCAAAGGGAGGUUAGUCCAAUAGGCAUAGUUUUAUGCAGGCACGGGGAACCUGUGGUCCUCCAGAAGUUGGAAUCGGACUCCCAUCAACCAGCGUGGCCAAUCGCCAGAGCUGAAGUCCAAAAACAGCAGGUUCCCCAUGCUGGUUUUAAUGGGAUCCACCUAGCAAGAAGAUGGCUGAUGAAUAAUUUCAGGAGCGCUUUUCUGACCUGGAACUGCUUCCAGUUGCUUCCUUUUCUCUGCCCCCUGCCCUACAGCCACCUUAUCUCCCCCUUGCUAAGUUGUCUUUUGCCUGGAUGGCUGCUGCACUGUGAGAUUGAAACGCAGGCGCAUUUAAACGGCCAGCCGGCUUGUCCUUUUCCUCAAACGCUCCCAUUUCUUUUCAAACCACUUUCCAUUCAGGUAACAGUUCCAUCUUCAAAGCCGUCUCCAAUUGCUAAGUUGCAAACGUAGCUUAUGCUUUGGAAGUUGUGGCUGCAAAGUGUGAGUGCACGCAGGGUGAAAUGCCACAUCCUGUGCAUACGCUGUAAAAAAAAAAUCAUUUUAAAAGAAAUGGGAUCUUAAGUUCUCAUGUCUGCUGUUCGCAUCUCUCUCCGAUUCUUCUUUUGCGUACCACGCCUUCGGUUAGAGGAAACCUUCCCCGUCGGCCGUGGCCUCCACUUUACUCCUUCUAAAUCACCAACAAAGAGGUUUUCCUUUUGAGCACACCGCUGUCUACUCCACCUUUUCUCUGCCAGUCUCCCGAGUCCUAUCUGUUGACCUUCCGUUAGCUCUUCUUGUCAUGUCUCAAAUUACUAGAUAAAAAGGUAGAGGGAGUCUGAAAGUAGUCUUAAGGCGGGGAGCAAGCGGCGCAGAUCCGAGUGACAAGUGGUUUUUUUUCCAGCUGAUUCUGAAGACGAUGGGUUGUGGAGACAGAAGCAAGUUGCCUCAAGUUGAGGUCAGCCCAGAUAAGUAAGCAGAAAUCGAGAGCUCCAAGACUGCUUCUAGAAUUGAUUUCAUGAUCAUGUUUGGUUGAUGUUUCCCUACCUUUUGGGGUGGGGUGUUCAAGGACGCGCACUAAGAAGGUGGAUUCCUAAUUGUAUGAGCAGUGAUACAGCUUUGGCACUAUGCUAGAUUUCUACAAGCUAGCUUUGGCAUGGAUAGCGAUGGAAGUAGUUAGUCUGGGAGUGUCCAAGGAUGGCUCUCGUCAUCCGAUCUAUGGACCAUUUCAGGUGUGAUCUAGGAAUGCUGGUUUUAUAAAUAUAUAUAUACAUAACACGGACAUAUUUAUAUAUAUAUUCUCUCUCGCUUCCUCUUGCUCGUCUGAGUUGUGCUGGCACUUGAAGUCAGAGUGUGCUGCAUGAGAAAUGGCCUUUUUUUUUUAUUUUACUGACUGUAUUUGGUACAUAUUGUGUGAAUUACUUGAAGAGAUAAAACGGGGCAUCUGGCCCUUCCAUUUGAGUCUCAGCUUCUUCCCCCCCCCUCCCUCCCACCUCCACCUGCCCCCCCCCCUUUGCAUUGUGAUGAUGUAGUGGGCAUGCCUGACACAGAUGGCAAAUGCCUCUUCUAAGAAUUAUAACCUCUCAAAAUAGUUGUGUAUAAUUAAAGAAACUGUAAACUUUUUUAAAAAUAAAAUAUGUAUAUACCUUG